AUGAUAACUUUAAGCCAUUGGAAGAUUGGGAAUCACUUGAAAGGUGACGAUGAAGUAAGUGUUUUGGUAAUUGUCGGUGGUGGUUGUCAGAUGAUGGAGUCUGGUAUCGAUCUUGUGUGGGAGCAAGAAGAGAAUGUUGGUACCCCACAAAUGUACAAGUACAAUCCCAAGGGUGACAUUGACGGUGAUUCAGACUUUUUGAGGUGCUUAGCUGAACUGUAUUUUCUAUCAUCGCCCGUGGUUAAUGACUCGCCUAGCUUGGUUGAAGAGGACAUGAACAGCAAUGAAAGUGGUACGAACGGGUUGCAACACCCCAAUGGAAUCCGGAAGGUUCUCGUUCUCUCUCUAGCUUUGGCCUCUGACUCUUCUAUCACUUUCCAAAGGAAAAGACGAACAAAAAGCCAAUAG